UUGGAUGGUUGAAAGAAAAAAAAAAAAAAAAGGUUUUCAAGUACUCCAACUGCUCCAGCGGAGGAACCGACAAGAAUAGGAGAAGGACUCCGACUCACCACCCGGCAGGCACCAGAAAUUAAUAUCCUUCCUAAUUAUCAGACCUGCAGGCGGCAUGAGCAUGACGGCCGUCGUCGGUGACAGUCCGGCGGCACCCAGUCUCCCCGCUACCAUACCACCGACAGCCGACAGCUGACAGCUGACAGCCCCUUCUUUCAAUUCCAUCUUCCAAGGAAGGACGGACGAAGAUUCUCUAGAGACACACAGUUCUGUUUUAUUAUCAAGUCAAACCCGCACGGGUGGAGAGGGGAGGGGCCAAUACAGAGAGACAGUCCCUUUGCUUGCUUGCUUGCUUGGUCAGUUGAUGGAUGCUUCCUUUACCCUCUUCGUCCGUCCGUCCCCACUUUCAUUUCUUACUAGUCUUAUUCAUCACAAAACAAAAUAGAGACUUAGUAUUAAUUAUUAUUAUUAGUGAAAGCAGCUCUAUUAAGAAGCCAAUCCCCUCAAACUUGCCAUGGAAGCCUCCUCCUCCUCCUCCUCCUCUGUCAUUAUGGCCGCCGCCUCCUCCUCCUCCUCUUCUUCUUCCUGCUUCGCUUGUUGUUUCCGAUUCAUCAAACUCAGGCGCAAACGCUGCUUAGAAAGAGUAGCUGAUGUCACCAGUACUAGUGCUACCAGCAUUACUGCUUCCCGUUCCCAAGGAGAAGAAGCACAACGAAAGCAAGGUCUUCAUCAAAAUCAUCCUCGUCAAUUCAGUUGGGAUGAAUUGGAAAGGUUCAGCUCCAAUUUCUCGCGGGUGGUUGGAUCCGGAGGCUUCAGCACUGUUUAUCUCUCCCAAUUCCCGGAUUCAAGCCUUGGGGCAAUUAAGAUGAUCCACGGCGCCAGCAGCAGCCAGCGUCUUCAUCGGGUUUUUAAGCAGGAGCUGGACAUUCUCCUCCGCCUCCGACACGAUAACAUCGUCAAGCUUCUUGGCUACUCUGAUCAUCCAGAAGAAAGCAUUUUGGUGUUUGAGUAUGUUCCCAACGGGAAUUUGCAAGACAAACUCCAUACAGAGGAGGAGGAGGAGAGUGGGCUUUCGUGGAACAGCCGCAUCAAAAUAGCAUUUCAACUUGCCCAGGCCUUGGAAUAUCUCCACCACAAGUGUCCCUUACAGAUAGUUCAUGGGGACAUCAAAGCUUCUAACAUUCUCUUAGACCGCCACCUCAACUGUAAACUCUGCGAUUUCGGAUCCGCCAAGAUGGGAUUCGCUUCCUCGGUGCUCCCGCCCUUUUCUUCAUCUUCUUCUGCAAUGAGCAGCAGCAGCAGCAGCAGAAUGAUGCUUGGGUCUCCCGGUUACGCCGAUCCUCACUACCUCAGGACAGGGAUCGCCUCCAAAAAGAACGACGUGUAUAGCUUCGGAGUUAUCCUUCUGCAACUCAUAACGGGGAGGGAGGCCCUCUGCUCCCGCACCGGCCACAAGUUGACUUCCAUCGCUGCACCCGCGUUGAGGGAUCCAUCGAAGCUACCCCAGUUGCUGGAUCCACGUCUUCUCCGAGGCGACGAUCCUGAAUUGUUGGAACAAGUCAAGGUCAUGGCUUCCAUUUCAGCAAUGUGCCUUUGCGAUUCUCCCGCCCUUAGGCCUUCAGCUUCCGAUAUUCUCAAUGCCAUCGCCACCAAUAUUCCCUCCUUUCCAUUUCCUAGUUCCUAUUACUACUCCUCCUCAUCCUCCUAGUGAUGCAACGCCUAACAAGUUUUAAUACACCUCCUACAUGACACUUCCAAGUCCCAUACCAUACUAGGAUUUCAUUUCUUCUGUCUUACCCCAACAAUUUUUCCUCUUUCUUUUUGUUUUUUUGGGGUUGGGGAAGAGCAAAACACUCAGGUGGCGCGCCACUACUACUUAGAUUGCACAUUAAGCACUCUUGUUAGGAAUAACAUUAGGCUCAAUGGUAUGUACAGUAUAUUGCUCAAGCGUUUUUACCGCAAGAGGGACUGGGUUGUUUUCGGAGCCUCACCUGGAAUCAAUCACUUGAUUUACUGCACUCGACGCUUCCAUUUUUGACAAACGCUUCUUCGCUUCUCCCUUUUUCUGGGUUGUGGUGGUCUGGAUUUUAUGGAUCCGACCACGUGAAAUUCCAAUAUCGCAGGCUUGCUUUUAUACGGUUUGAAGACAUGCUAUAUAGUGCCACCGAUCUCCAUACCUUAGCAGUAUGGAGGAAAGGUUGCAUGGAUUCAAAAUUUCAGAGUGGAGUGAUCUUAGGAUUGGGACAAUGUAAGUACCACAUCAAGCCAAUAAUUGAUAGUACAUCCAUUUUUUUUU